GGGGAAGCAUGUUCCCAGGACGUGACUCGGCCUACGCCCUGAGUUCAGCUGAUGAAUAAUUAAGGAAAUGCCCAGGUGCUUCCCAGGUGGCCCUCUACAGUCAUGGAAACGUGGAGGGCAGAGGUGCAGGGCGGUGACCUGGGCCUCUGCUUGUUCUGUGACAGUGAGGAUGGCUAGGCCUCUGGAGCAGGCGGUGGCUGCGAUCGUGUGCACCUUCCAGGAAUAUGCGGGGCGCUGUGGGGACAAGCACAAGCUCUGCCAGGCAGAGCUCAAGGAGCUGCUGCAGAAGGAGCUGCCCACCUGGAUGCCGACGGAGUUGCGGGAGUGUGACUACAAUAAAUUCAUGAGUCUUCUGGACACCAACAAGGAUUGCGAGGUGGACUUUGUGGAGUACGUGCGUUCCCUUGCCUGCCUCUGCACCUACUGCCAUGACUACUUCAAGGACUGUUCCCCGGAGCCCCCCUGCUCCCAGUAGCCUCUGCUCCAUCUCUGCCCUGAGGUGGUCCUGGGCAUGACACCCACGCACUCCUCCCCUCUCUCCUGCACCCUCUCCAUCAGGAGAUUCCUAGAUUUGCCCCUGAUAUCUUAACCCGUUUUGCCCACGGUGGGGGGAGGGGUGGGCACAUGAAGGGACCUGUUCCCAGGAUCACAGCUGGUGAUAUGGAGAGCAGCCACCCGCGGCCUCCCUACAGAGGCCCCAGAUGGGGGGAGGUGGGGAUCUGCUUUGAGGCUGUCCAGGCCGGGCAGAGUGUGUGCAUGAAUGAAACCACAACAGGAACAGGCCUGCUGAACGCCUAAUAAAGAACUGGUGUCAUUUG